AUGGAGAACGACACCUACACCAUGUCAAACCUGGACUCCGGCGACUUCUUGCCGUGGUCUACUGAAAUCGACUUCGAAAACACGCCGCCGUGGGAGGAGCAACCGGCGCCGCCACCGUCGAGCAACUACGAAGUCAAGUUCAUGUGUAGCUACGGCGGCAAAUUCCACUCUAGGCCUCAAGACAAAAAGUUAUCGUACAUCGACGGUGAAACAAAGAUCUUGGCCGUCGAUCGCAACACCAAGUUCACCGGACUCAUCAGAAAACUCUCGGUCCUCUGCCACGCCGAUGUUUGCUUUGAGUACCAGUUGCCUGGCGAAGAUCUCGACGCGUUGAUAUCGGUGACGAAUGACGACGAUCUCGAGCAUAUGAUGCGCGAGUACUGUCAUGACCCGAACCCACCCCCAUGGGUUAAGGACAUAACCGAAAAAUUACCUCCGGCGACUUUAUCGGCUGCUCUGUCGCCUCCUGUGUCUUCUCCACAGGGAUAUAGGCCGGAGAAGCAACUCACUAGCAGCGGAGUUUACACGGCGGUGCCUGAACAACAACAACAACAACAACAACAACAACAACAGGUUUUCAUGAUCCAAACUCCGGCGGGUUUGUAUCACGAGCUGAUGGGAAAACAGCCUAGACAUUGA